AUGCCGGAUGCCAUGGGGAAGACAAUACCAAUUUGGUGUGCGGUCAUGAAUAGAACCCUGUUUCCUGACAAGCCUGCCUAUCAUGCAGUUCAGUUUGCACCGGCAUACCUUGGAGAAUCAGAAGAGUCACAAAUUGAAAACAAAAUAGACGGUUUCAUAGAAUCAUUUAGAACGUUAAACUUGGAUAUGGGAAAACUAAAAGAAAGGCUGGGAAAACCUAUCCGCCUGGUCUGGGCUAGCAGGGACUUUUUCUCAGACAAUGACGAGCAUGUCGAUUCACAUUUACUCGUGCUCUGCUCAGCGUCAAGAUGCGUUCGUGGUGCCGAGAUGUCAGAGGGCGGAUAUAUCCAGGGUGCAGGUGAUGACAGUGAGGGAUGGUCCCACGGCCUCACACCUCCCGUAUUUUGGAAACAUAAAGACCAACUCAUGGCAGCUGGAGAAUCGGAGCUUCCUGGCCUUAUUCAAGAGCUCGUUGAAAAGGAAUGCAAACGCAGUGGUGUCGGUGAUGAUGAUGCGUCAUCUUUUGAUCUGGUCAUUGAUUGUGCUGGAAGGGUCGAUUCCAGUCAGUCGGGAUCACCACAAUCAACAAAAUGGCUGAAUCUGGGCUGUCCCUCAGGGAAGUUGGGAAGUCGGCAGCUUAGAAAGGUUCUAGCAGGUGCUGAAAGCUUUGUGUCCCGCCAUUUAACUGGCGAUCCCUCUCUUUCCCUCCUCAUAAUGUGUUCGGAUGGUAAAGAUAUUUCUGUCGGAACCGCAUUGAUGGUUCUUUGUUCCCUCUUCGAUGAUCAAGGUAUCGCCCCCGGAAACAACCUGGCGCGCGUCCAACUAAUAUCUAACUGGUUCACAGGAGCUUAUUGUGGACCCAGAGACAAGUUUGCAAUAAACAAGCAAUUUAUUCGGCAACGUCUGGCAUGGAUAGUCAUGUCAAAGGAGGACAUUAAUCCAUCUAGGUCGACCCUUCAAUCAAUCAAUUCUUAUCUUAUAGAUAAGGUAUAA